CUAACCCUUACGCGCUGGGCUCCAACAAAGUGAAAAUUAUCGUUUUUACGUCGUUUGUGACGCGUAAUAUUUUCGAAAUUAGCCAGUGGUCGAUAGUUUGUGUCGGUGUUUUAAGCUGACGUAGUGAAAAAAGUCGGUUACGGUCAGUGGUCGGUGCUUACAAAUAUGGUCGAAAAUUAACACUAUGCAAGAACGAGAACGACCUAAGAUUGCACCCAAACCUGCUAUAGCAUCCAAACCAAAAUAUGUUCCCCCGGUUCGAAUACAACAAAGACCAGCUUCGGCUCAACUACUGCAAUCGGGUUCACAUUCUAGAACUCACAGUGCCGGAGAAACCGUUAAACAUCCACAACAUGUUAGAAAACCUAGUACUGGAGAGAAUAAACUUUUGUACGACUCUGGAUAUUCGAUUCCACAUCCAAUCAAACGUCCUCAAGUCGAGUGUACACCCAGUAGAGUUGCAGAAUCGUCUGUUCAAAGUAUUUUGAGAAGAGGGCAGAAUGAAUCUACAGAACCCAGAAAGAUAAUUACACAAAACAUCUCGACUGAAAGCUCUAAUCUUAAAAACAUAGAAAGGCGACAUCAAAAAGACAGUUUCCUAUCACAAUCAUCUGAAAGCGAGCCUUUGUAUCCAAGAAAAGAGCAAUUAUUACAACAAAAAGAGGCUUUUAUCCAAAAAAGGAAUGCCUUACAAGAACAGCUAUGUCCAAGAAGGACUGCUGAAGAGGAGAACGUGAAACCUUCGACAAUCAGACAUCAUGAGGGUCCAGUAGAACACCUAGCUUCAUUUGUAAAUGAAAAAUAUGAUAAACUAUACAGAAAAACAUUUGAAGUUACUAGAAAACCACCUAAUUCUCCUAGCACGGUGUGUUGUAGUAUUUUAUCAAACGCUGCCACCGAGUGCUGUGGGAUAAUCAAUGUUAAUAAAAAGGAAAUGAAUGGCAGUAGUAGCAAAAUGACCAAGCUAGAUUCAGUGGACUCUACAUCUUCGGAUUCGGGAGGUUUCAAGGAUUUUGUGCAACUGCCAACCGAUGAAAACCAGUCAGUAUUUCAUCAUCAAAGGAAAAUAUCCCAGCCAGAGUUUCUUUCAGACCGAAAACUAUCCCUGGGUCAUCAAAGGAAGGCUUCUCAUCCAGAAUUCGAAUCUUCUGUCAAACCCAAGACGACCUACGUGGCAAACGCUCAAGCUCUUGCACAGUUUCUACCUCAAACCGAACAAAAAAUUCUUCAACAUCAUAAGAAAAAUGAGGAAGCGCGAACUAAACAACCCAAGCCGAUUCUGGCACAGGGCAACUUGCAACAGUCGACUAAAAAACUGGAACAGCUGUUGUCCCAAAGGUUGGAAAAGGAGAAAGUGUUGAAGAAAAGCGGUGGGAAUUGUCUGAUAGACGGAAAGGACGAGGACGUCGAGCAGAAAAUGCUAAUUCAGCGACAGCUGCACCAGAAACUACACGCUGACCUGGAACAGACCGUGAAACAGAUCCAGGUGAUCCAGAGUAUUGAAUAUCGAUUGCCGCAGAAUAGGAAAUGGACAGAGAGUAACAGAAGUCAGCCUGCAAUUGGACUGAAACACACACCCAAAUCAAGG